UUAAUAGCAAAAAUAGCUUUUUGAGCUUGAGCUGCUAGUUUGUCUUGUGCUGGCGUCCAUGACAACUGUGGACUAAACAAUAUACCCAUGUAUUUAUAAACAGAUGUUGUUUUUAUAUUUACGCCACGAAAGAACCAUUUCUCAUUAUUUUGUAAAGGGCCACCAUUUCUAAAAACAAUUAUUUCAGUCUUAUCAAUAUAUAUGCAAAAAGCUACAGAAACAUGCUCAGUAGCAAAAAGUUUAAACAUAAACCCGGUUUAGUGGCAUAGGCAAAGACAUAGAACACAAAUUCAAAAACAAGAAACAUAGAACAGCACACAACUCUACAGACAGCACAGUGCAUAAAUACUAUAUAUAUAUUUAUAAAUAAUUGGUAUGCUUAUCAAGAAUUGUUAGGUACCGCCUUGGAACGGUCAGUAAAAUGUAAAUUUACUGGGGGUUUAAACCAGUUUAUGUGCACAAACCUCACUCUUAUCCCAACAAUUCUUAAUAAAAGAUAAAACGCAAAAGAUAAAUCUUAUCAAUGUAUGCAUUAACUUGAGGAAACUUAUCAAUAAAACAAAUAAUAAUAAAAAACGAAAAGGUAAACCCCAAGUACUUCAAUGAUUAGAGAUUCCAACUCUAUCUGCAGACGGAGGGAAACAAUUCAGAGCACCUAAUGCAAAUACUUUUCAAAGAUACGAUGCAGUCAUCGUUAGAAACCAAAAGCUUCACACACAGUCUGCCUUAAAAGGUUUAAAACUGUGUGAUCAUAGAGUUUCAUAAUAAAACAUAACAUAAUCACAGUACUAAAACUGUAAACAAAUAAAGAAAAACAUUAUUAAAAAUAAAAGCGACUAGUAUAUGCUAUUCUCUCCUUCCAAAUGAUUUGAAAACGUAAAAUAUUUGAAGAAAUUUAAGUCACAGCCAAAACACUCGGAGUCAGUCAACACGUGUUCGCCAAAAACGGUUUUAAAGAUAACAUGCAGUAGCAAAUUCUUCAUAAAAAUCAAAGCACUGAAAGUUUAGUUAUGAAAGGAUGCUAUAUUCAACCCAAUAUUUUGUUUCAGGUAUUCAUCUUCAAAUACAAGAAGGCAAGUGCUCUUCAAAAUAUUGCCUUUAUAUCCACGGUUUAAAUAAAAUCCAAGUAAUUCAUUAAGUCUAUCUGCCCAACUGCCUGCUGGAAAUAUUUUAGUUUUACGAAUUUUCUUUAAAACAUCACCAUAAAAAUCGGGAUGAGCAAUACCAUCAGCAAUGAGCGAUUUAAGACUACUAUUGUACUUUGAUAUGAGAUUAUAAUGACCAUUAACAAAUUUAGAGAAAGUUUUCCUUAAUUUAAAAUAUCGGAAACCCUGUUUUGAGAUUGACCUCCAUACCGGUAUUUGAACAAAAACUAUCUAUUACGUUUAAUUGUUGUUGCAAUUUAAAAACCGUUUCCGCACAAUUAGCUACGUCAUCUGCAAACAUUAGGAAAAUAAUAUCUGGCAUGUCAUUAGUAAUGAAAAUACAAGAACCACAAUUUUCUCGUAAAAGGGCUGAUAAUUCAUUAAUGAACAGGACAAAAAUUGUCGAACUUGACUUGCCUCCUUGUCUUGUACCGACAUUACAUGGGAACAAGUUUGUUGCCCCAACUGGUGUUUUAACACAUGUAAUUAAAUCGUGAUACAUAACUUUGAGAAAAAUUACCAUGUAUGCCUAUAUUUUGGAGUGAUUGGAACGGUUUAACGUGGUUUAUUUUGUCAAAAGCCUUACGAAAGUCUACGUAUAAACAGUAUAAGCGCCCUCCCUUUUUUGAUAGAUAUUUUUGCACCAUGGCUUGUAAACAGAAUAGGUUUUCGACUGUCGAGUAAUUACGACGAAACCCAGCUUGACAUUCAUCAAUUUUAUAGUUGUCUUCAGCCCAAUUAUAUAGCCUUUUAUUAAUGGCACCUGAAAAUAUUUUGUACAUUGUAUUAGUUAUAGAUAUCCUCCGGAAGUUCCCUGGUACAGUAUUGGGUCCAGAUUUGUACACAGGACAUAUAAUACUUUGCCCCCAAGACUCAGGAAAAAUGCCAGUCGACAGAAUGCUAUUAGAUAAGUGUAGCAAAAAAGGUCCUAUAUCAGAACAAGUGUAUUUAUAAAACUCGGAAGGGAUUCCAUCUAAUCCACAGCUUUUAUUUUUAACAAGAUUAGAAGUAGCAAGUUCUACCUCAUUUAAGGUAAGCGGAUCGUUAAGUGGGCUAACACUAUGAUCAAUUGAAUUGUGAAUAUUUUCAGUAUUAGGAUCAACUAACACAGCGUUAUCGUCAUAUAGUAAACUUUUUGAAAUAAUCAAACCACACACAGUCUUUGGUUCCUUUAUACCAAAUUUCAGUUGUUUCCAAAAAGAGUUGGGAUUAGGACUGUUUACAAGGUUCAAUCUGUUUCUACGUUGAUAGUCGUACUGUUUCAUAAAGCAACAGGUCUUAUACGCAUUGCGUUUAUCUUUACAUAUUCUUAAGUCAUACAUAUUAUUUGAACGGCGAAAUGAGCGUAAUGCGUAAUUUUUGUGUUGUUUUAAGGUGAAACACUCGUCAUCCCACCACGGAGGUUGAUCAGACACGUAUUUUGCUCUAAAUUUCAUACAUUCCCCAGCUUCAUAAUAUAGUGCUGUUAACUUGUUUAUAUAUUGGUUAACACCCUCAUUCAAAGACUGUAAUAUUGCAUGUGCGUGCAAUUGUAGUAAAUGCCGGACAUUGUUAGCAAAAAUAUCCUUAAACGAACUCCGCCAACAGUAUGAUUCUGUUUUCGUUCUACUACUACUUCUACUACUUAUAUCAUCUAGCAGUUCUCUUCUUUGUACCAUAUCUUUCGCUUUAAAUUUCAAUUUACAUGAGAUAGGAAAUUGAUCAGAUUCGUCCUUAUUCAAGACUGAAAAAUCCGUAACAUAUUGAAAACCCCCAGAAGAGGCUAUCAUAUAAUCAACGGUACUAACUCCGUCGUUUGAAAAGCAAGUAUAUUCUCCCCGUAUAUCACCUGGGAAUCUUUCAUUGAAUGGAUGCACAUCAUAAAUACAGCAAAAGUUCACUAAUGUUUUACCAACAUUGUUCCCUCGAAUAAUAUCUGUGUUGUUUCGUGGAAUUUCAAAAUUACUUCCCUCGUAUUCUACGUCACAAAAUAUAAAGUCAAGAUUAUCGUUUGGGAUAAAAUCUAAAAAGUCUCUCGUACGUGAAUUAAAUUCCCCGGACAAAAACAAUUAACUAUCCGGAUAAUCAAGCUUAAUGGUUUCAAAAUUGUCAAACAAUUGCAAAAUACCAUUUUUCUCAGUCAUUCGAUUAUAGUUUGUGGAUCCUUCAGGCAAAAUAUAUGUGAAGUACAUAAUAACAUCUUUACAAUCAUGCAAUAAAGACAAGUUUAUAUGUAAUACAACACAGUCGUUAUAAUGCGUAUAUAUACGUUCAAUAAUAUUCAACUUAAACAGAGCACUACUUAUAAAAACGCUGAUUCCCCCAGUGUUUCGUACAGCAUUAUCGGUCAUUGUUCUAAUACAAUCAAAGUGAAAAUGUGACUCUAUAAAGUUAUCAAAUUCGCCCUUAGUUUUACUCCAAGUUUCACAAAUGCAAAUAACGUCAAAUGAGCUUAAAAAAUUCUUCAAUCAAAUAUUUUCACAGUGUUUGUUUAGCCCAGCAAUGUUUCACGUUACAAUUUUUAUAUUCGUGGUUCUAUAUGAGUAGUCAUUUGGUAUGCCUUGGCCGAAUCCCUAGUCGGUUGACGCAUCGGAGAGUAAGUCAUAUCCGGGGGUUUCCGUCUCAUCGCUGAUUGGUGCAUUCUUACCAUGGUAUACCAUGUGCUCCUAUGUCACGACCCUCGCUCUGACUUUCGACCAAUCGUCUGCUCUCGCCGUCAUUGUUUAUGUGACCACGUGUUGUUUGAACAUGUGGUGGCUGAUCACGCGGUCUAUAUUAUAUCUACCAUUGCCAAAACGCCUCAUGUGUUUGUGCUCCAGCUUUUUGUUUACCACCACGACUAUUUCUUUCUGCAGUUCUUUUUGCAAGUACUUGCUCGUUUCAAUAAUCGCUGAAUUCUUCUUCCUGCCGAUAAUUUUCUUUCCUUUCAUUCAAGUACGUUUAGCCGACUUCAGCUGAAUUGUACUCUUCUUUUGAGUCGUUUUCAUGUAUGUGUUAUUAACAGAAAUGUGAUCUUCAUUGUCACUUAUUAUCUGGUAGGCACUUUAUCAGUUGUCCUCGUCCGUUUCAAACUGACCAUUUUCGCGAUGGCUGAAACAGUCCAACAGCUAUGAAAUGUCAAUGAUUGAAUGUUACAUUUACUAAGAAAUGAGUGACCGACUGUGUGGUCAAUGAAUAAUUUACUAUUAUUAAACAACUUCGAUGAUAUUGAUCUAUAAGAAUCUGCAAUGUGACGCGUUUAACAUAGUUCACGUAAAUUACCAGCUGUUCACCUACCCUUGGCUCUGCAUGCAAAGUACAAUUAUCUUACAUAUUUCACGGAAAUUCAUGUUAGUCUAUGUUUUCAAAUUUUUAUCAGCUGAAGAAAAUCGCUUGAAAAGGAAAAUGACGAAUUAUACAUGUUUGCUACGAUCCACAAAGUAGUUUAAAUGAUGUUGGCAUUUCCUAAUUUUGACAGACUAAUGGUUAUUAAAUGCGAUGAAAAACAAUUAUUGUAUAUUUCUAAUUUUUGUUUCAAAUUUAUAAUGUGUUUAAACUGUUCUUAUAAUUUCGGUCUUUCGUGACAGCACAACGGCACUUAAAACCUCAACCAAUCAUAAAAAAAUACACAGAUUUCAAUCGAGUCAUCAAAAUGUUCUCGUAAAUAUGUUUUAUAAGCGGCUUUUCGCGGAUAUUCUGCCCAUUCAACUUUUCAUAAACAUCUGGUCAUAACUUUAUUAAAGGGCAUUGCAAUGAUAUACAAAACUGUAUUCUAGUUAUCACAAUCAUACAAUUAUAAAAUUUGAGUUUUUCUGUUUAUAUACCAUUUUGCUUGUAUAUUUGUCGGCUACUUUUAACAUUUCUUAGCUUUUCGCGACAUUUUGUGGCCGUAGCCAUACGUUGCAUUAAAAUUACUAAAUCGUAUAAAUUGACUUUUAUAGAUGUUUAUGGUAAAGAACAAGUUGCAAAUAUUCGUUUGAUUACUGCUUUGGCAAGAUAUAUAAAAAGUGAGGUCGUCUACAUCGCCGAUUCCAUUAUUAAUGUUCUUAAACAGUACAACAAAAAGAAUGUCAGACAAUUUACCACACUUAAGCCGAAAGCAAGUGAUGGUCGGUGAUCUCGGUGUCGGUAUUCACCACUUCGAUUAUUGUUAAGAAAGAACAUAUAGCAAACAUGCGUUUUGUUGUGCCAAUUUCACCUCGGGCGUUCAUAUUUGUGGUCACAUAUUUAUCUGUUUCACAGGUAAAAAACCGCAGUUUUCAAGAAUAUUUUUUUAAUGGUUUUGGGUUUAACUAGAAUUGCUAUCGAUAAUCUUAUAUGUGUGGCGAUAUUGAAAAUCUAGAAUAUGAAAAAUAAGCCCUUUAAUAAAUUUGUGGCUUAAUUUGUGAGUUUUAAUAUAAACUUUUAGUGAAGAUGCUGUGUCCAGAUUUUUGAAAAAAAAAAUGAUAUGAAAAUGUCAUUAAAUAUUAUGCAUGGUUAUUCAUGACUAUAUUUAUACACACUUAACUGAUGAGAUGUAUACAACGAUCAUCAAAUUAUUCUAGUAAAAUUCAGCGUGCAGGUUUCUGUUCAAUGUUUAGUUCUUGUAAAUUAUGAAUCUGAAAAACACCUUAACCAGAAUCAUUAUGUAUGAAAACCGUUAAAAUAUGGUCAUUUGUUCUCCAGAAUCAGCAAACCAAAAACACAUAUUAACGUGUAUACGUCACCACAAGUAAUACAUCUGACAAUCGAAAUGGGGAAUAAUAUCAGUAUCGGGGACAACAACAAUUUCGAAAACAUCCAUUUUCAUCUGCAGCAAAAUUCAGAUGAAAUAAAGUAUGAGAACUUAGCAUCUCAAAAAGACACCAGUAACAACACUUCUUCAGGCGAACACGAUGACCAAACAGUCAUUAAAUCCAUAUUCAAACUAGUAAAGAAUAAUUUAUCACAACAAAAAAAUGUAGAACAAACACCAAUUGAAAUCGAUGAAGAAACACACAUUACUGAACCGUUUCAAUGUAAUGAAAAAGUAGCGAAUAUCAAAAAUGAUUUGGACGAACGUACCGAGGACAAUUCCGGCGAAAUGCAACACAUCUAUGCAAAGAAAAUUCCGCGAUAUCCAUUUCAUUUUAAGGAAACAAAGGAUCCAUGCUAUUUAGAGGUAAAAAGAAAUUUAAACAAUGUACACAUGAUCGACAAACAUGAACUGCAAGCAUUUGGUCUUUCUACAUAUUUCGACGCCGUCAACCGUGGGGAAAUUCUCACUGAAGAGGAAAAAAAUAAAUGGCAAUGGUUUAGGUUUAUGUCCUUUUAUGAAUACAAAGGUAAAGGAAGUGCUUGCAUAUUAGCAUUAAAUGGAUUUUAUCACGAGGGAAGCCAUGGACAAGAUGCCACAAGAUGCUUUUCCUGCAAAGUAAGGUACAGUAAUUGGCAAGUAGGCGACGACGUGAAAGCAAUCCACAGACAACUAUCACCUGCGUGCAAUUUCCAUUCAGAGUUAGGUCAAGCUACUGUAUCUGUUGCCGGAAACAAUUCAGGACAACAAAGACCGCACACAGAUCAAGCACUUUGUUCGGGACAAACCAGCGAAGGCUUAGGGAACUUCCCCAUUGACGAUCCAGCUGAUUACGGUCCCAGUGGUGGACGACUCGAACCAGCACUACCGGGGCCUUUCAGAAAUAAUGACACACACGAUGAAGAAGGGGUCGUUGGUUUGCCUUGCAUAUACCCGAGCGUGAAUGCAGCGGACCACUAUGAUGACACGCUUUCAAGAUUCAACUCUUCAACUGACGAUGGGAAUAUGCACGGAAGAGACAUUCGUGUAAACGAGAAUGUGACAUUGAAUGGAAGCCCUAAUGCUAGGCUAGCUGACGCUAGGGAGGACGAACCAGGGUCAAAUGCAAUAAUUGAUGACCAUUUUGACAAUCCAGCCGACGUACAAAGAACCAUCAGCGAUGCACCCGUUGAAAGCAGCGGAAACAUUGGAAGACAGAAUCACCUAGUUGAUAAUGGCUGUAACAACAUCGACCAUCAAAGACCGAACAGAUAUGGUAGACUUACCGUCAACCUGGAUGAUGAUAAUUUGGGAAAAGAGAAUGCCAGACAGUCUGAAACAGAAACAAGCGAAGCCAGCAAAUUACCUGUAGCCCAAACCGCCAGGUUCAACGGAGGUCACAACACAACUUCUCGACAGCAUGAAAGUGUCGGUGACAGUGUUGUUCGAACACAUGCGUAUCUUCAGAUGGACCAAGCACUCUUCAAUAAUGAUGGUAAACCUACCAUCAACCUGGAUGAUGAUAAUUUGGGAAAAGAGAUUGCAAGACAGUAUGGAACAGAAACAGGUGAAUACAACACAUUACCUGUAGCCCAAGCCGCCAGGUUCAACAGAGGUCACAGAAAUGCUUCUCCACAGCAUGAAAGUGUCGGUGACAGUGUUGUUCGAACACAUGCGUAUCUGCAGAUGGACCAAGCACUCCAUAAUAAUGAUGGUAAACCUACUGUCAACCUGGAUGAUGAUAAUUUGGGAAAAGAGAUUGCAAGACAGUAUGGAACAGAAACAGGUGAAUACAACACAUAUUUAAUGCAUCAAAGGCAACAUGGUCAACGCCCUCUGACCGAUGAGAAACACGGUGAUGGUUUGGAUGUAUGCAUUCACCGAAGACCCAAACAUGCAUGUCAAAUAUGCCCCAAGAAACCACCAUAAACAAAAACAACAACAUGUCAGCUGAUUGUAAAGCUGAUGCGGCGUACCACUAACCACCACUGCGCCAAAGCUUUGUUGCAUGCAGCUUUUAAAGUGAUGUUCUAUUGUAAAUACGUAAAUUGAAAUAAGACAAAAUAUGAAGAAAAUCAAAUGAUUUGUUUUAUAUCGUAAUGAAGAUAUGGCUUAUUUGUAUUUGAAAUUAUUUUUGUAUUUUCUGUAUUUUUUAUUAAUAUGAGUGAUAUGUUUUUUAUGAGUGUAGUGUAUUCGCUUUCAGCAUAAACUUACUUUUCGAUUUUGUUCAAGUUUUAGUUGAUAAAAGCGAGAUCUAAUGAUAUGUGUUUUUUGAAAUUUAUGGCAGUGAGCUUUUUUCGAUCUAAAAUUUCAAAUAUUCGUUUAGAUCGAUUUAUUGCUACUGCAUGGGAGGAAAACUGCACAUCAUUUCCUUGAUAUUUAAGUUCAUGUUUUUCUAGAAAUGUUUGUUUGACAUUGUUUCAUUGAUUGUGAUAGAGCAAGUUUUAUGGGGCAUCACCAUCUUUUGCUUAUAUAGUGUAAGGAGUUGUGAGCAGUUAAGGCUUAUGAUUUUUUUCAAAUAGUGUUUUGUUCUUCGAUGCAAGUUUUUGUGAACUGCAUAUAUUAUACAAAUCUUAUCUCUUCACUAAAAAUAGUCCUAAAUCAUUUGCACAAAAUACCAGAAAAAAAUGCAAUGCUAUCGAUAGUUUUAUAUUCAUAAAUGCUUCAAAUAUUUUUAAACAGAGUUUUAAAGAUAUUUUGGCGGAUCUGUAUCUAUUUCAAUAAUACAGACUUUUGUCGAAUUGAAAGUAUGUUUUCAUUAAUAAGUGACAACUUCUGUUUAUUUUCAAGUUAGAUGGAAUUGAGUUUCUUCUCCAAUCAAAAGAUAAAAAGGGUCAAACGAUGUUGUUGCUUUUUGUUUAUGUAGGACCCGGCUUUAGUCAUAACUUAGCAAAAAGAUCAAUUUGAAAAGAACUAGAGCCCCGUACGCCCCUAACAUUUGUAUGCAUGCACAGAAAUGUUUUAACAGGAUUAAGUAACAGUUGUAUAUUCGAUUUUAUUUCAACUAUUUCAGUGAUAUAGUUUUGUAAAUGCAGUGUAUACGUUUUACACCGAAACUUGAUUUUCGAGUUUUCACCAAGUUUUAGUUAGCAAAAGCGUUUUUCAAUGAUGUAUGUUGUGAGAAAUAUAUGGCAGUAAGCUAUUUGCGAUCUAAUUGUUUUGAAUUUCGAACGUUCGUUUAGAUCGCUUUAGUAUAAGCCCAUAUUGAAUUGUUUUUAUGUUUAGAGUUAAAAACCUUAGCUGAAAAAUUUCAAGCUAUCCUGAAAUAAAAAACAACAACCCGAUAACAAACGAAUAUUAAAUGAGUUACAUAAUAUGUAGAAUAUCGAAGCCAGAGCCCCCUUAGUCCAUUCUGAACAAUUCACAAUUGUUAGAUCGAUUUCCAUUGCAAAAUGAAUUAAACAACAUAUAAGUGUUGAUCAUGGAAAUCUCACAUAAUGAAUCCUUUGUUUUAUAUCAAAGGCUAUCAUGCUAUUUACACUUGUGUUCUGUAGUCGGAAUUAUAGUAAAAAGAAAUUAAAAGUAUGCGGCAAGAUAUUUGAUCAUAUAAAAUGUGUUGUUCUUUUCGAUCGGGUAGCCAAAAACCUAUCCGACCGCGGACGUUUAACAUAGAAACGAUUCGGUAUGACCUUACUGCAGUUAAGGAACACUGUGUAAUGAACAUUGUACAUAUUAUGUUUGUUAAUUUAGUGCAUGUUUCCUUGAACAAUUUGUUUCCCAUAUUUUGUAUAUUGGGAUUGAGCACGUCGGACUUAGUGUCAACUGUUACGUAUUAUUUUCUUGAAAAAAUCGCAUGAAUAAAUUAUUAUUUAUAGCCUUUUAUGAAAAACAUUGUACAUUUUAUUUGUAACACGGUUUAAUUGUAUUAAGGUCUUCAACGUAAGGAGUUAACAUUUAGAAGAAUGGUUGCACAUGUUUAUUAUGUUUUGAAAUGUAAUAUGAUUUUUCCCUUAUACAAAUAUAUUAUUAUUAUCAUUAUUAUUAUUAUUAUUAUUAUUAUUAUUAUUAUUAUUAAUAUUAUUAUUAUUAUUAUUAUUAUUAUUAUUAUUCUUUCUUUUAAAUGGUUCUAUAAUAUUUGAUGCGAGCACAACAUAAUAUAAUAAUAAUUUAAAUCAUCUUUGAUAUAAUAGUUAAUUGUAUAAAUUAUACAACAAUAUUUUGUACGAGACAUAUUCCAAAACCGUUUGCACUUGAACAAAGAAAAACAGUAUCGACAUUUAAAUGUUCACAAACGCUUAAAGUGUUUCUAAUCAAAGUUUGUUUAGAGAAUCUGUUGUCAUAUAAAUAAUACUAAUUUUUUCGUUUUAAUAGUAUGUUUUUUAUCAACAUGUAACGACUUCUUCUCCGAUCAAGAAACUAAGAUUAGGUUAGAGCUGCACCCUUACAGAUUGACAGUUUUUCUUUUAGUUUUUGUCUCAGAAUCAGCUUUUAGUAAUAAAACCUUUUUUUACGCAAAUAUGAAAAACUGCGAUCUGUUCUUUUGUCAGCAGUCUCAUAUCACUGGUUUGCAAAUAAUCACGCAAAAAUUGGCUCAUUCCAAGACAUUUGUUUUUUGGUCAAAACGGUAAAUCUGUGAGGGUGCUGUUUUAAACCACGUUGUUGUAUUUUGUUUAAAUGCGAGCAUACAUUUUUGCAUUAAAACUAUAAUUGUCCAAUUCACUGAACCCUGGUAUAAACUAAACACUUGUAUGUAAGCACAAAAAUUGACUUCAUGUGGAAUAGAAAAGUAAUAUAGUUUGGCAUUCUUCAACCUAAUUUGUAUUGCUUGCAUUCGUUUCGUUGUUUCAUUUUGGAAGUUAUUAGUAUACGUUAAAUGUCCUUUGUCCAUCCUUCAAUCGUCCACACUUGGUUAGCUUAUACUUCUGAGUCCAUAGUUGUCAAAGACACCGUUAAAAACCUUAAGAAACCGGCCCAUGUGCAGUAAAAAGCUAGGUUACAAGAUAUAUAAAAGGAUAAGCUUCGUUACUCUCAAGGGGUCACAAGUUUGGUCCAUAUGCAGUGACAUUUGAUCAGAUUGUGUUUAUUUCUACAUAAAUACAUGUUUAAUUUUGAUACUUGUUCAUGUGCUAUCAAACAUUCGUUGAUUAUGUCAAACACUUAAAACUCCUUGCUGGCUCACCAAUUUCCACAAUUUACACCCAAUAUUCAUCCAAUAAUAUUAAAAGGUUUGUUUCGAAGAGCAAUGUUACUCAGGCGAGCAAUAUAGAACCAGUAUGACCCUCGUGUUACACAUUUGCUAUUUUAUGUUGUACUUAUGGUUAGUUUUUAGUUAAAUUGUUUAUGUUUAGUUUUAGUGUUUUUGCUUGAUUUUAAUAAACUGUAAGGCAAA